GAGUACAUCUAACAGUGCGUCGAUCCACGUCUUCUGUUUCCACUGAAGUCACACUGUAACUGGGGAAGUACGUUCUUCAUUCUUUCUUGUACGUACUUUACCAGGGGUUGAAAGUUUGUAGCCUUUUAAGGGUCCUUCAAACAGUCAGUCAAUAAGGGCUUUAAGAGGCGUCAAGAACUCUAUAAUUUCGGGUUUGUACGAAAACAAAAUCGGCGGCGUUCCUCCAAUGAGAGGGCGACCAACUCACUCAUAGCAUACGAAUCACCCGGGUUGAAGCUUUCUGAUUCAGUCACGAACGAAGCGAGCAAGCAAGUAGACCCGUGUUUGAUCGCCGCUGUUAACAAGAUAACAACCUCAAUGGAAGGCUUAAGGGUUAUCCAUCGGGAGCGAAUGCUGUCGGAUAUCACUUUUUAUAGUGACGAUGAGGAUGCUAUGAGCAUCCACUCUGACAAGCGGCGAUCCAAAGUGUGUUCCAUCUGCAAAGGCGAAUCCGAAACAUACCAUUUGAACUAUGGAGCAAGCUCUUGCUUCUCCUGUCGAGCCUUCUUCCGACGAGCCAUUCAAAAAGACCGUGAUCCCAAGUUUGUGUGUAAACGUGGAGGAAAGUGUGAGAUCACUCUGAAGACCAGAAAGCAAUGCCGGAAAUGCAGAUACGAGGCGUGCCUCCAAAAUGGAAUGGCUCCGGAUGCGGUUCUGAACUCGAUGCAGAAGAAGGAGCGGUUCCGAAAAAUGAUCCAGAAACGAUUGGGUCCCAAUGGGAGUGAGGUCGACUUGUUGGCAGACUUGCCGUUGUCCUAUAACAUGAACCUGGAGUCCAUCAAGGAGCUGGUAAAGGCAGCACAAGGGACCAAGGGAGACCAUGACGAGGCCAAGCUGGAUGAACAAGAGAUUGGCGAGUUCAUGGAACAACUCCGGGUCAAGCGCAAGGUCGACGGGGACGAGUCUGGACGUCCCAUGGACAUGUCCAAUUCUAAUAUGAAGCUCCAUUAUAAACGCAAGUUCAUUCAGAUGUACCAAGAGGAGGAGGAACACCACAGCUCGAGCAUGAGCAGUCAGAGCUCAGAUUCUGGAUUUUCCGGCGAAGGCUUCCAACCCCUUACUUCGGGACCGUUGAUCCCCUCUCCCAAUCCAGCUGCGAUGAAGCACAAGGCGUUCAGUUUGAAUUUUUGUUGGAUGACAGCUCAAAUGAAAUUCCGCAUUUCCCCUGAGAUCAUCCGCUCGUUCAUCAACUACCAUCAAACGGGCCAGACAUUGAACAUGAAUCAUUUCAUCGACCUUCUCCGUCUCCUUACCUCAUUGUUCCAUAACUUUGCCCGACAAUUCCCCGACUUCUCAGUGCUCUCUCUGAGGACCCAAGAGUUCCUGUUACGGGAAAACACGCCCCUUUUUCUGGCUUUCUUUCUGGGCAAAUACUUUGGAUCUCAAUCUGGUUCCCAACAACUUCGAUGGCUGUUCCCCUCCCACAAGGUUGAAGGUUUCGUUCAAAGUGUUCCAUUUCUCCGGAUCCAAGAAUCUCUGGGACUUAUCUCCAACCCGAGAGAAGCUCUAAUGUUCGAGAAGAUCGUCUCGACCAUUGCCAAUCAAAACUUUGAGUACAAGCAUAUUCACGUGAUUGCCCACGCGUGUCUUUUUUACGUACCAAAAGUGGUUCCCCACGAGGAUGUCGUUCUUCUAGGCCAAUUUACCUCGGAGAGUCGGGAAUUUUUGGCAGCUGAAGGCCUGGAUCCCUCACAACUACCCCUCCUCUUCCAGAACUUGGAGACUCUGGCUAAGAUAUUUUCCUACCUGUAACCUUUAAAUUUACUCUAAAUGUUAUAUGAAUCGUAUCUAUUUUCAUGUUUCCAAAUAAAUGAACUGAGCAGA